GGCCUACGUGGCAACUGCUGGAGCCGCCGCCGAGGACGAGCAGCGAGGCCGGCUGGGCACUUCCUGUGGAGGCCGCACGGGCGCGGGUGCCGAGCAGGCCGAGCGCCGAGCGAGCGAGCGAGCCAGCUUCUGAGCCCCCGCCGCCGCUAUGGGCCAGAACGACCUGAUGGGCACGGCCGAGGACUUCGCCGACCAGUUCCUCCGCGUCACGAAGCAGUACCUGCCACAUGUGGCACGCCUCUGCCUGAUCAGCACCUUCCUGGAGGAUGGCGUCCGCAUGUGGUUCCAGUGGGGCGAGCAGCGUGACUACAUCAACACUACCUGGAACUGUGGCUACCUGCUGGCCUCCUGCUUCGUCUUCCUCAACCUGCUUGGGCAGCUGACUGGCUGUGUCUUGGUACUGAGCAGGAACUUUGUGCAGUAUGCGUGCUUCGGACUCUUUGGAAUCAUAGCCUUGCAGACAAUCGCCUACAGCAUCUUAUGGGACUUGAAGUUCUUGAUGAGGAACCUGGCCCUGGGAGGGGGCUUGCUGCUGCUCUUGGCGGAGUCACGGUCGGAAGGGAAAAGCAUGUUUGCAGGCGUCCCCACCAUGCGGGAGAGCUCUCCCAAACAGUACAUGCAGCUCGGAGGCAGGGUCCUGCUGGUCUUAAUGUUCAUGACCCUCCUUCACUUUGAUGCCAGCUUCUUCUCCGUUCUCCAGAACAUUGUGGGCACAGCUCUGAUGGUCUUGGUGGCCAUUGGCUUUAAAACCAAGCUGGCGGCUCUGACUCUUGUCAUCUGGCUCUUUGCCAUCAACGUGUACUUCAACGCCUUCUGGACCGUUCCCGUGUACAAGCCCAUGCACGACUUCCUCAAGUACGACUUCUUCCAGACCAUGUCGGUGAUCGGAGGCUUGCUUCUGGUGGUGGCUCUGGGCCCGGGGGGUGUCUCCAUGGACGAGAAGAAGAAGGAAUGGUAACAGCCCUCUCCCUGCCUGGCUUGGGCCUGCAGCCGCCGAGGACCAUCCAAAAUGGAUUCAACAAAACUGCCAGCAUUUAUGUAUCCUCUUUCCUCCCCUCCCUUGGUAAAGGCAAAGAUGUUUUGAGAACUUUAUUUGCAGAGACACGUGAAAAUCGAUGGCUACACCUGCCUUGGAACCGUAACUUGGCAUCUGAGUAUUCACUGCUGGCC